AUGGGGUCCGAACGCUUCCCAGUCCAGCAAAGAGGAAUCUACCACAACUUGCCAGUCUUCGAUCCGGCCAUCACAGGCUUGACCGCAAUCGUCACCGGGGCCAAUGGGAUAUCGGGCUUUCAUACGAUGAGGGUGCUUCUGGAGAGCCCUGACCGAUGGUCCAAGGUGUACGCAUUGUCACGCAGACCGCCACCCAUGGACAUGAUGGCUUUGCUUCCAGAGUCGCAGAGAUCCCGGGUCGAACACAUAACCGUUGAUUUUCUGGAGGAGCCCUCGAAGAUUGCGCAGGCUCUGGAAUCGGUCAGGGCAGAUUAUGUUUUCUUCUACUCAUACUUGCAACCUAAACCUCCACCCGGUGCUCCAGUAUGGUCGAAUGCCGAAGAACUCGUCAAGGUCAACACCGCCCUUCUCGAUAACUUCCUGCGGGCGUUAUCGCUGGCCAAGAUUGCCCCCAAACGAUUUCUCCUGCAGACAGGUGCUAAACACUACGGCGUCCAUAUCGGUCGUACUCGAAGUCCCGCCGUGGAAUCCGACCCGUAUCUGUCCCAUUUGGAGCCUAAUUUCUACUACCCUCAAGAGAGAUCGCUUUUUGAAUUCUGUGAAGCCAACAAUGCUUCAUGGAACGUCAUCAGACCGGCCUGGGUGCUCGGCGCUGUGAAUAAUGCCCAAAUGAACGCUCUCUUGCCCAUCGCAUUUUACGCCGCAGUUCAGGGACAGAAAGGAGAGCCCCUUUACUUUCCUUCUGAUUGGGAUGUGUGGCAACACGAAGGACACCAUUCGUCAGCAUUGUUGACCGGGUAUCUCUCCGAAUGGGCUGUUCUCGAAGACAAAUGCCGCAACCAGGCAUUCAAUGCGCAGGAUACCGGCGCCCUAACAUGGGAUCGUCUCUACGAGGAGCUCGUCCGCUGGUUCGACGUCAAGAAGGGCGUCCAUCCGCCGGAAGAGGAUUCCACAAAGUUCGCUGUGUUCGAGGGCAAAUCCGGCAAAGAUACGCCAAUAGGAUAUGGUCCUCCCUUGCUCUGGCGCAGCAGUUUCACUUUGGUCGAUUGGGCCUCCGACCCCGUCAACAAAGAGGCCUGGCAACAACUGAUGGCAAAUUCCGGAGGCCAGCUUACCGCCAACCCGUUUGAUGACCCGGUGGCCAACUUUGCUUUCGGUGACGCUGCAUUCCGCAAAAUCAGCAGCUUGUCCAUGAACAAGGCAAGACUGUUCGGCUGGACGGGAUUCGUCGACACAAGAGAGGUCUUGUUCGAGAUGUAUUCUGAGAUGGCUAAACUGGGCAUUCUGCCUCGUCUGAAAGCAGAAAAAGCAAAGCCUUUGAUCUAA